AUUUCCUCUCAUCUCAUGUGCAGCUGUAUGAUAAACGAGGCAAUGCUUAAAACAGAAGCUACAAGUCGCAUAUCCUGUUCUCAAUGUCUGACUCAAGGCUAAUGGAUAUCGAACCCGGUGGCGAACAGACCCAAUAUGAGUCCGUUCGAAUAUUUACCGAAACGCCAGCCAAGCAACAUGGGCAGUUGGAUGGUGAUCUUCCGCACACAAUCAGCGAAAUGAGAACUACAUGGCAGACUGAUUAUAGCGAGAAGAAGACGAGAGAGUUGAGGGAGGUGGCGGAAGAGGAAAGGGAGGUCGAUCCCCAAGACGAUGCUGCUAAAACAAGGAGAGAACAAGGGUAUGGGCCUGGUUCGGGAGUCGGGGCUUAGACGCCGAAAAAACCCCGGGGGAGUGAGAAGGGGG